AUGGCAGGGGAGAAAGCGAUCAAAAACUGCAGCAGCAGUAGUCCAGGGCAUGGGCCACCGGUGCCCACCACGCACCUUCCGAAUUCUACGCCAGGCCAGGACACCACUACAGAAAAAGUCACACUUAAAAAAGAAAUAGGCCUUGUAAGUGCUUGUGCCAUCAUUAUAGGUAACAUUAUAGGCUCCGGUAUCUUCAUUUCUCCGAAGGGUGUCCUAGAACACAGCGGGUCUGUGGGCUUGGCGUUAAUCGUCUGGGUUCUCGGUGGUGGUGUGUCUGCCCUCGGGUCCAUGUGUUACGCAGAACUCGGAGUCACAAUUCCUAAAUCAGGAGGUGAUUAUUCAUAUGUCACUGAGAUUUUUGGUGGGUUAACCGGCUUCCUGCUGCUAUGGAGUGCGGUUCUCAUAAUGUACCCCACAAGCCUUGCUGUCAUUGCACUGACGUUCUCAAAUUACGUCCUGCAGCCUGUAUUUCCAGACUGUAUCCCGCCAUAUGAUGCCACCAGGACACUUUCUCUGGUCUGUUUGUUACUCCUCACAUGGGUGAACAGCACAAGCGUCCGGUGGGCAACGCGGAUCCAGGACAUAUUCACUGCCGGGAAGCUUCUAGCGCUGGGCCUUAUUAUAGUCGUUGGGUUCAUGCAGAUAUUUAAAGGAAACUAUGAAGAACUAAAACCAAGUAACGCAUUUAAUUUUUGGAUGACCCCCACAGUUGGUCAGCUGGCGCUGGCAUUCUUACAGGGGUCUUUUGCAUUCAGUGGAUGGAACUUUCUGAAUUAUGUCACAGAAGAGCUGGUUGACCCCAGGAGGAAUCUACCUCGUGCCAUAUUCAUCUCCAUCCCGCUGGUGACAUUUGUCUACACAUUCACCAACAUAGCUUACUUUACAGCUAUGACACCAGAAGAACUGAUGUCGUCCAAUGCGGUGGCGGUUACUUUUGGUGAAAAGUUACUGGGGUAUUUUUCCUGGAUCAUGCCAGUCUCAGUAGCGCUGUCCACAUUCGGAGGGAUUAACGGAUACCUCUUUACCUCAUCAAGGCUUUGCUUCUCUGGAGCUCGAGAAGGUCACUUGCCCAGCUUACUGGCCAUGAUCCAUUUUAAAUACUGUACCCCGGUACCUGCCCUGCUGGUUUGUUGCGGAACGACAAUUAUCAUCAUGCUGGUUGGCGAUACGUACACCCUGAUAAACUACGUGUCUUUUAUUAACUACCUCUGCUAUGGAGUAACAAUUAUGGGGCUAAUUGUUCUUCGCUUCAAGAAACCCAAUAUGUUCCGACCGAUUAAGGUGAAUCUGCUGAUUCCAAUCACCUAUCUAUGUUUUUGGGCGUUCCUACUCAUAUUCAGCUUCUAUUCUGAACCAGUAGUGUGUGGCGUCGGACUCAUAAUUAUUUUAACGGGUGUGCCAGUCUUUUUCCUGACGGUUUACUGGAAGAAUAAACCAAAGUGUGUAGAUAGAUUUAUUGAAAAGAUGACAUACUGUGGCCAGAAAGUUUGCUACGUUGUGUACCCUCAACCAGACCUUCCAGAGGAAGACAUGGUCCACUGCAACGAUGCCCUGAUGUCCGACAACGAAAAGUCCCUCAAAAUGCAAUGA